UAAAUCCUUCACUUUCCUUUCAACAAUUUUUGCUAAACACAAAUUUUUAAUCCUCCCCGUCGCCUUUCCUUACCUUUCCAUCCUUUUCCAUUGAACCUCACCCUUGGUGACCCUUGGUGAGAGAAAAAGUGAUCGAGUUUGUAUUGUAGAGAGAGAAAGUAGAAGAGAGAGAGAAUUGAUGAACAAGAAGACUACUACUCACACUAGUACUCUCUCUUUCGUGAUACACCGCGACGUCGCAAUUGGUUCGCUAAUGCUUGUCUGAAUCGUAUUCUUGAAGAUUAUCUAAGAAACGCAGUGGACGCUCCGACAAAGUUGAAAAUGGAGCUGAAAAAGGAGCUUCAGAGGCUGAUGAAGGCAAUCGUCGAUGACAACGGCGACGAUACGAUCAUCGACGCCAUCGAUGAAGCCAAGAAAACGCUCUCUGCAAUGAAGGAUUUGAGGAAGCUCAGCAAACCCUUAUCUCUGAUAAUAGACUAAUGGUUGGCUUUUCCUGAGGCGUUCUGCCCUCUUUCCCAACAACUCAUGAUAGACCCUGUUAUUGCAUCCAACGGUCAGACUUACGAUAGAAAAUUCAUUGAAAAAUUGUUCAACUGGGGGAAUCCAUACAAUACAUGUCCUCAAACCCAAAAAGAACUUUGGGAUACUACCCUCACGUCCAAUCACUUGAUUCGAGACUUGAUAUCAAAAUGCUGCAAGAAUCAUAGAGUCAAAUUGCCCAAGCCUGUUCAAUAUUCAGAUGGAUACCUUUUUCGUUCUUUGCUUGGGAAGAUGUCAUCCAAAAGUUCUGAUCAGAAUGAAGCUGCAUAGAAAUUGAGAUCGUUGGCCGAGUGUAUGCCUUCAUUCCGGGCACUUUUUGCCGAGUCCAAAAGUGCCAUACCUGAUAUGCUUUUUCCCCUCUUUCAAAGUGACAUUCACCCUCAUCUCCAGAGAGACUUGAUCACAACACUUUUGAAUCUCUGUCUCCAUGAUGACAACUGCAAGAAGCUUAUUGCUGAGGACGGCCCAAUGGGCAUACUUGUUUUCCCUCUUGUUAUAGAUGCAUUAAAAAGCAGUAUACUCGAAACAAGGAGCAAUGCAGCUGCAGCCCUCUGCCUGUCAUCAGAUCUUGACCUAAACAAGGAGUUUAUUGGGAAAUUGGGGGCCCUAAAACCACUAAUUGAUCUCUUUGAAGAAGGGCAACCAUUAGCUACGAGAAAUGCUGCUUCAGCCAUUUUUAAUCUAUGCAUUGUGGGGAAUAACAAGGAAAAAGCCCUCGGGCUUGGUGUUGUGAAGGUCCUCGUGAAGAAGAUAAAAAAUGGUAUGUAUGUCGAUGAGUCGGUGUCUAUUCUCAGUUUGCUUUCAAAUCUUGAAAUGGCAACAAAUGAAAUGAGAAAGUUGGGUGCUGUUCCCUACUUGUUUAACAUAAUCACAGAGAGAGUUUCUGCUGUCAACAAUGAGAAUUCUGCUUUAAUCAGAGAGAGCUCUUCUGCUGUGAACGCCGAGAAGUCUGCUCUCAAACUUGAUAAUUGCCUUUUCACCCUCUACAACACUAUAUGGUGUUCCAAUGGGAGAAACUACAAGGAAAUAAGUGAUGAAGAGAAUUCUCAUAAAACGUUCUCUCGGCUUGCUCAGAAUUGGUCUCCAGUCGCCCAGAAGUUUGCCAAUACAUUUCUUGAGAUACUGGAAUUGGGGAUUCCACAUUAGACAUUACUCAUUCGGCAUCAUUUCUUCUCUCACGCAGCAUUUCCAAGGACAAAAAUUGUACAGUGCACAUUAAACAUGUAAAGCUUUCAGGAUAUUGUACAUUACACAUGUAGAGAUCGAAUACUCAUACUGUGUGAGUUCAUCAUCUGUCAUGCGGCAUUUACAAGCACAAAAAUUGUACAUGACUAUACAUGUUGUAACCCUAUGACCCCUUAAUUCGAUUUAUGUAUAUUGUGAUCAUUCUCAACCUCCAUUUUGUAAAUUCUAUAUCUUUGUUCAACAGUUUCAACCUCUGGUUUAUGAGUUACAGUCACUGUGAAGAAUUUACUGGGGAAACUUUUUAUCGUUUAUGAUAUUCAUAUGAUUCUCUGUUUC